AUGCGGACCAUCGCGAUCAAAUCAGGAGUACUGGCCGUUUUGUCUCAUUUCUAUGGCCUCUCGAAAGAAUGCCCCUACGCUUUUCUGGAUGAAUUUUGCCGAUAUUGCGAUAUCCAACCGGUGCCAGCUGGAUCUACUUCUGAAGAUUAUAGGCUUAAGGAUAUCCCCUUCAUCUUAAAGGGCAAUGCGAGAGUCUGGCUUUCGAGAUUCCAAGGGCUGCUUCAAACAUGCCCCAAUCACAAGCUGGGAGAGCGGGAGAUCUACUCGAUUUUCUAUAGUGGACUCACUGUGGAUAGCAAGAACGAUCUGAACCUAGCAGCCCAAGGGGAUUUUUCAAAGACCCUAUUCAUCCAAUCCAAAAACAUCCUGGAGAGACUCAUUGAAGCCAAGAGGUCGUACGAGACGUCCCGCGGACAGUACCGAAGAGGUGUAGUGCACGCAGCAGAGGCGCGCAGUGAUGAGAAGUUGGAGGCUCGUUUCGAGCAAAUAGAGAAGAAGCUGCUGGAGGCAGUAGAAAAAUCCAGAGCACCUCCACCGCCUGUACCGACGGAAAAGCAGUAUGUGCCGCCACCACCACCGCCAGAAGAGCAUCACUAUUACUAUUGCGAGUUCCCCCUGAAGCGGAGCCGCAAGCCCAAACAGAAUGAAGAAAACUGGGGGUACAGACAUCAAGGCCCUCAGUCGAGCAACCAAGGAAGGCAACCGAAUAACCAGGUGGUGAGUUAUGUCCCACCACAUCAGAGAAGCAACCAGUACCCCAACCAGCAGCAAUACCAGCAAGAGCACUACGGGCAUUCCGAUUACCAGCAGCCCAACCACGUUGGGGGACCCCCAAAUCAGAGAUAUAAUAGGUACCCCAACGAAGGUCAAGGAGAUAUAAUAGUCCCGCAUCAUCCUACUUAUGCAAUGAGGGAAAUUCAGGAGGCUCAGAAAGAGCAGCGGGCAGCGUUGGAUAUGCUUACAAAGCAACUUUCUCAAGUUGCGAUGUCGCUGGGAGAGCUGAGGGGAAAUGAGGGAAAAAUCCCUGCUACUGUACAACCACCAGGUCGUGAAAACAUCAAUGAAGUGUCCCUAAGAUCGGGGAGAGUCUACCAAAGCCCUAGCCCACCUGUGAUGCCUCCAGCAUCAAUGACUGGAUCAAGCCGUGAAGAGAAAGGAGAAUCCAGUGGGGCGAGUCAAGCAAAAGGGAGUGAGAAAGGUAAAGCGAAAGUGGGAGGUGAAUCCUCAAAAGAAAACCAGGGAGAAGAAGCAGAGAAAGUAAAGCCAUAUCCGUACCGAGGAAUGGUGACGAGGAAAAGAUACGCCAUGAUUGACGUGGCUAAUAUGUUCAAGGAAGUGGAAGUAAAGGUGCCGUUCCUGACGGCGUUAAAAAUGCCCACAAUCAGUAAAUUCAUCAAAGACUACUUGGCGGGAAAUGUCAACGAAGAAGGGAGACUAAUCACAGAAGAGAACGUCUCUGCCGUGAUCCAGAGAAGCGACCUCCCCUCCAAGAAGACUGAUCCGGGAAUGUUCACGCUCCCGAUUUCAAUCGGAGAUAUUCAAGUAGAGCACGCUAUGUGCGAUUUGGGGGCGUCUAUCAACGUUCUACCAUACUCCAUCUAUAGGAAGCUGGGAGCAGCCAAGCUGAUUUUUUCAUAA